UCCAGGGCCAACAACGGGGCAGACUGACUCGAGUGAGUAAUAAUUUAUGAACCGAACAAAAAGAAGAACAAAUUGAAAACUUUCACCAACUCCUCCUUCAUCAUCUCUACGAUUUCCAGAAGAAGCUUUAAGCUCAACUACAUCAAUGGCGUCCUUUCUCAAAUCUUCAGUUCUCUCUCAUCUGCGAUCUCAUCCUCAGGGGAAAGAGAGUUUGUUCGCGCAGCCAAGCCGGAAAUUCCACAUCGACCUCGGCGAGCGUGAGAAAGCUCUCUUGGAAAAGGACCCAGCAUUGAGCCGGUUCAAGUCGAGUACACAGACUGUAAAGAGAAUUAAAAAAGCAGGAGAUGUUCUCACGAUCGUUGUUAUGGCUGGCUGUAUCUACGAGCUCUAUGUUAGGUUUACUACCCGAGAGGACUCCAGGAAGCAGUAAUGCUGAAGUGCAAAAUCAAGCAUGAGUUUUUUUGUUACAUUCCUGUGAUUAUGGCUGGUGCUAUCUGGUUGCUAUUAGUACCUGAAUAAGUAGGCCCAACUAAGUCAUCUUCAACUGCUUGUAGCAUACAUAAUUCUUUGGCACUAAGGUUCUUUUCUGUAUUCUGAAAUUUACAUCUUUUUUCCAACAUCAAUCAUAAAUAGUUUUCCGGUUUGAAGUAUUGGAUGAACUGAUUACUGCUUGUUUGCCAAAGAAAUUACAGAAUGAACGUGUUUCUGGUUUCUAUUAUUGCUAGCAAUUUAACGCAGCUUGGAACACAGCUUCAAACUAAGGUUUAUGUUGUUGGCCGUAGCUGUGUUACAUGCUAAAGGUGAACUCA